UAAAAUGUCACCUGAAAUAUUUUUUAAAAUUUGUAUAAUUAUUCUAAUUUAUAUUCUAAAAGAAAUAAACUCUGAUUUUCAGGAAGCUAAUGAUAAAGAAAUAGAAGUGGUGACUAUAGAACCUCGCAUUGUAGGUGGUUAUCGUCCAAAUGACUCCCCUCUAACAAAAUAUAUUGUCUCUAUUCGGCAACAAACGGAAACGGAAAGAAGUUUUGGUUAUACACAUUUCUGUGCAGGAACCAUAAUAGCGGCUAAUAAAAUUUUAACUGCAGCUCAUUGUAUUUUUCGAAAUGGCAAAAUAUCAUCGGCUUCGUCAUUUAAAGUAGUGGCAAAAACUCCAGUACGUUUGAAUAAAAAUAGUCGGACACAAGAAAUAAAUAUAAAGAGGAUCAUAGGACAUGCCCAAUAUUCAGAUAGUACUUUGUUCCACGAUAUUGCUUUAUUGAUUUUGAGUGAAAAUAUUUUAUUGGAUUCUAAAUUUGCUGCGAAAAUUUCUUUACCCCAAAAAAACUAUGAAGCAGAGAAAAUGUGCUCCGUUAUUGGUUGGGGAAAAUUAUAUAUGCAUGGUCCCUUGGCCAAUGAAUUAGUUCAUGUGGACUUACAUUUGCAUUCGAGAAAAUAUUGUAGGAGAAGAUAUCCUAAUUUCAGUGGUAAGAAAAUUUGUGCUUCAAAUAUCUACGAUAAGGGAAAAGAUUCUUGCGUGGGAGAUUCUGGAGGACCUUUGAUUUGCAAUGAUGUCAUUGCAGGAAUUGUUUCCUACGGUUAUGGUUGUGCCUCAGGUGAAGCUGGUAUUUACACUAAUGUUUUCAAAUAUAUAGACUGGAUCAACAAAUACUCUGGACAAGACAAUCACAAGCCAAUUUUAAUAAUGAUUGUAUUAAGUUGUUUUCUAAAUGGAUAUUUUACAUAAAAUUUUCUAAAAAAAAAUUUUUAAAUUAUCUUUUUUAAGAAUAUCAAAAAAUAUGCUUUUAACUAGAAAAUAAAAAAAUUAUGUAAUAAUUGCUUAUAAAAUCUCUAGCAUAAGAAAAUUAAAAAAAAAACGACAAAUAUUCAAAUCAAAAUACAUUUUCUUGGUCACGUUCUCAACUAAAUCAAUUAAGUUGUCAUAAUAAAAAGAAACGCAAGAAAA